AGCUGCCGGUCUCCAUCUGCUCUCCCGGCUGCCCGCCCCGCUCGCCCCCGCCAUGCCGGUGGACCUCAGCAAGUGGUCCGGGCCCUUGAGCCUGCAGGAAGUGGACGAGAAGCCGCAGCACCCGCUGCAGGUCAAAUACGCCGGGGCAGAGAUCGACGAGCUGGGCAAAGUGCUGACGCCCACCCAGGUUAAGAACCGGCCCACCAGCAUUGCCUGGGAUGGCCUUGAUCCAGGUAAACUCUACACCUUGGUCAUGACAGACCCGGAUGCUCCCAGCCGGAAGGACCCCAAAUACAGGGAAUGGCACCAUUUUCUGGUGGUCAACAUGAAGGGCAAUGACAUCAGCAGUGGCACGGUCCUUUCUGAUUAUGUGGGCUCUGGGCCUCCCAAGGGCACAGGCCUUCAUCGCUACGUCUGGCUGGUUUAUGAGCAGGACAAGCCGCUGAGGUGUGAUGAACCCAUUCUCAGCAACCGAUCUGGAGACCACCGUGGCAAAUUCAAGGUGGCGUCUUUCCGCAAAAAGUACCAGCUUGGGUCCCCGGUGGCUGGCACAUGUUACCAGGCUGAAUGGGAUGACUAUGUGCCCAAACUCUAUGAGCAGCUGUCUGGGAAGUAGGGGAAAGUUGGGAGACAGGAACUAUCCCAGAGGUCCCAAGCAGUAUUCUCAAGUUCAGUGAUGCAUGUGGAUUUCUCCUCUUCCCUUCUCCCGUUAUCACAGGUGAGACCUGAGCAAUUAGAUAGUGGUUUAGGGUGACUUUUCCUUCUGCCUAUCCUUUGUAAUUCUACGGGGUCACACACCCCGGUUUAUGUUUUGAUUAAAUUUGAACUCCAUUUUGGGGGAUAUUUUGGCACCAUGAUGGGGUCAUCAGAUUGUUAAUAUAAGAAUAGCAACCCAGAACUUAAAGAAGAAAAAAUUGAGUUAAAAAGACCAGGUCUACAGUGAUAGAGCAGAGCAUCAGAGACUCUGUGAGGGAGGUUAAAAAAAAAAAAAGAUUCGUUGCUUCUGCCCUGGUGAGCCCGAGUUCAGAAUUGUGCACGAUGGCAUCUUCUGAGACGUGUUUUCAGGGCUGUGUCCCACACGGACAACCAGAGGCUGGCGUGUCCACCAAGCCCCAACAUGGUACGUCUCAGGCUGGUUUCUAGGUGUCGUCGUCCUGCUCUGGCUCCUUUAAAGAGCAGUACUGGAGAAAGCAAUGGGGAGAGUUGCUGUGCUGUUAAGGCACGGCCACCCAGAUGAGCUGCAGGGCUGCAUGAGAGGUUAUCAGAAAUCCGUAAGUCCGGGUCUGUUAAAUGGAUCACUCUUCAUUGGUGUAAGAAAAGCCGGUUUGGGGUUGCUGAAUGUUGUGUUAAUUCUGCUAUUUACUUGUAGUUGAAUAAAAAUAAAAAUAAC